CGUGGGGUGGUUUGAGAUUGGGGAAAUGUAAGGUUCAUAACUGUUGCCCGCAGCAAAAAGGCGUUUGGCUGGUUUACAAGGACUUACACCUCCAACCCAUCCUGCGCAUGUCCCUUGUUCCCCGUUUGUAAGAGCCCUCGCAACCCACCGGAACCCCCCCCCCCUCUUCAGCGACAUCAUAUAGGCCGGAUCUAAGCUUGUUUUGGGUGGCAAGGUUGACGCAAGAUACACUGCUUUUUAACUUCCUCGGCAGUAAAGAACCCCUUUCUCCUCACGCCAUGGGACUACCGGCCAUGAGGCCACUCCUCCUGGCAGGGGGAAAGUCGACUCGGAUGGGCACACCCAAGCACCUCCUUCGCAUGCCCGACGGAACCCCCUUGUACCAGCGGCAACUCCAGCUGCUGCGCGUCAUCUUCCCGGAGCCACAUACUAUCUACAUCUUCGUGGCGCAGGAGUCCGAGACGGACGACUACCUCGACGAACUGCUGGCCGCCCAGCCGGAGAACAACCCUUCCUCUUCCUCGUCUCCUUCAACAUCAUCAUCGUCAGCAGCAGAAGCAGCAGCAGCAGCCCCCGAGAGCACCGACCCCAAAAGAGAAGAGCCCAAGGUGCAGAUCCUCCGCGACCAGCACCCCAACACCUACAAGUACUCGGCCGGCCCCGCCGCGGGCCUCCUCGCGGCGUACCGGUACGACCCGUGGGCAAACUGGGUCGUCGUGGCGUGCGACUACCCGCUGCUGCCGCCGGACGCGCUGUACCUGCUCUUCCUCAAGCGCGACUCCGUGCCCGUGACGUGCUACCGCUCACAGGAAGGGUUCUGCGAGCCGCUGCUGGCCAUCUGGGCGCCGCCGGCGCUGUCGCGGCUGGCGGAGCGCGUGGCGCGCGGGCACGCGAGCCCCUCGGCGGCGGCGAGGGAGCUGGAUGUGCUGAUGCUGGACGCGCCGCCCGGCUGCGAGUGGUGGCUGACCAACGUGAACACGAUGGAGGAGUGGGUGGAGGCCGUCGAGGAGAUGAAGCUGGGAUCUGAGUCCGGGGGGGCCGGGGCGCCGACGACGACGCCGCCGCCGGCCUCCUCCGUCGAGGCGACUAAGGGGGCGGCGGCGUAGACGGGACUAUGUCCGGAGUGAUGUGAAUUCUCGCCGCUUGUGGGAUUAUCCUUUUUUCUUCCAGCAACGUUGUAUAAGUAAUAAAAAAAUUACGAGAAAAAAAC